ACGUCAUACUUUCCCAAUUCCAUCAUGGCAGACAAGGGAGAACCCACAUGGAGAAAUGCUGAGGAGGAAGAAGAUGAAGAAAUGGAGGGGACAGAGAGUGAGGAUGAGGAUGAAGAUGAGAUGAUGGAGGAGAAGGAUGAGAAAGACGAAAAAGAUAAUGGUCCCAAAAGGGUUUAUUUACCUGGCACGCAGCCUCUGAAAGAAGGAGAGGAGCUUGUGAUGGACCAAGAUGCUUAUAUACUGUACCAUCAAGCUCAGACAGGCGCUCCGUGUUUAAGUUUUGAUGUGAUCUUGGACAGUCUUGGAGAAAAUCGUUCAGACUACCCAAUGACCAUGUUUCUCUGUGCUGGUACCCAGGCUGACACUGCACAAAGCAACAGGAUGCUUGUUAUGAGGAUGCACAAUCUGUAUCGGACUAGUAAAGAGAAAAAAGAUGAUGUCUCCGAUUCUGAAAGCAGCGAUAGUGAAGCGGAAGAGGAGGAAGAAAAGAAGCCACAGCUGGAACUAGCUAUGGUGCCACAUUAUGGUGGCAUUAAUCGCAUUCGGGUAUCUACAUUGGGAGAGACUCCCAUGGCUGCUGUUUGGUCUGAGAAAGGUCAAGUGGAGAUUUAUGAUCUGCAAAAGCAGCUUGCUGCGGUAUCAGAUUCGCACACGUUAGCUGCUUUUUUGAAGGAUGAGCAAUCUCGAGUUAAGCCAGUAUUUUCUUUCUCUGGACACAUGACUGAAGGCUUUGCUAUGGAUUGGUCUCCAAAGUCUGCAGGGCGCUUAGUCACUGGUGACUGCAACAAGAACAUUCAUUUAUGGAACCCUAGUGAAGGAGGAUCAUGGCAUGUCGACCAGAGGCCAUUUACGGGUCACACGAAAUCUGUUGAGGAUCUACAGUGGUCACCUACAGAAGCCACGGUUUUUGCCUCUUGCUCUGUCGAUACCACUAUUCGCAUCUGGGACACCAGAGCAGCCCCCAAUAAAGCAUGCAUGCUUACAGCCAGUCAGGCUCAUGAUAGCGAUGUAAAUGUGAUCAGUUGGAACCGCCAAGAACCCUUCAUUAUCAGUGGUGGAGAUGAUGGUGUCCUUAAGAUAUGGGAUUUGCGCCAGUUUCAGAAGGGAGUCAGUGUUGCGAAAUUCAAGCAGCACACAGCGCCAAUAACAUCAGUUGAGUGGCACCCUACAGACAGCGGUGUUUUUGCUGCAGCAGGGUCAGAUGACCAGAUCACACAAUGGGACUUGGCAGUAGAAAGAGACCAAGAUCAAGAAGGAGAAAUGGAUGACCCAACUUUGGCAGCAAUCCCACCUCAGCUACUUUUUGUUCAUCAAGGGGAAAAAGACAUUAAGGAGCUACACUGGCACCCUCAGUGUCCUGGAAUCCUAAUUAGCACUGCUUUGUCUGGCUUCAAUGUCUUCCGUACCAUCAGCGUUUGAUGAUGGAUAAGUUGCUGCAGAAAAAAGAUAAAUGGAUGGACUAUUUUUCUAUGAUGAGUGUGUUGCUAGCCAGGUCUGAUUGUGCAUGGUAUGAUAGUUUGUAUUCCAUCGUUCUAAUUCAUUGGUGGUUCUCUCUUUACUGCUGCUAACUCUAAAAUGGGGUCAACUCGAAAAAAUAAAUAAAAUCUGUUUAUGCACAUGUUAAAAGACCAUAAUAAUGAAAAAAAUACAUGCUCUAAUUUGUGAGAGCGUAUAAUAUUAACACUAGCAACUCCCCAAAUCUGUGUUUAACCCCUGCUAAGGGGUUAAACACAUACUUAAAAGUACCACUCUGGUGUCAGAGCAUCCCUGGUCCCAAGCAGAAACAUUUGGUCACUUAAUUAGCAGCAGCUGUAUUACAUUUGCUGCAUCACAAAAGGUUAAGUUAACGCUAUUUUGAAAGUGCCUUCUUUUGUAUGCAGUAAAGUAAGAAUGGCUAAUAUAAUAACUGUAAAGUAUAGGCCAUGUAUGCCAGCAAAGCUUUCUAAGAAGGGUUUUGUUCAAUAGCCAUAGCAGGAGCUGGCAAAGUCCUAUCAUUUUGUUAUCUCUUGCCCUUGUCUACAAUAUCAGAUGAACUGUUCCCUCCCCUAAAUUCAUUAUGGGGGGUCCAUUCUUUAAAAAAUAAAGGCAAGUGCCGACGGGACAUCCUUUUCUUAAAUUAUAUAUGUACUGCUUAAAGAUAUAGUUAAUGUUUUUAAUAAAACAAAAAAAAAACACCAGAA